AUGACCGACGACGACGCCGCGCGCGAUCGGCGUCGACGCCGCGCGUCGCCGAGCCGACGUCGGCGACGAUCGAGGGAUGAUUCGAGAUCGUCGAGCGACGACGACGAUCGACGACGACGACGACGACGACGUUCGCGUGAACGCGACGCGCGCGCGGAUGACUCGCGCGAGCGAUCUGUUCGUCGCGGGCGGAGCCGGGACGACGACCGGGACCGGGUCGAUGGGCGCGUGGACGAUCGCGGGCGACGGCGACGGCGAAGCGAGAGUCGACGCCGCGGACGGUCGAGGAGCGAGGACGAUUUGCGGUGGGACCACCGCGCGGAUGGGCGGGAUGCGCGGGAUGGACGGUGGCGACGGAGGCGUGGACGGCGGUGGCGGAGCGCGAGUGGGAGUGGGAGCGCGAGUCGAAGCGGCGGCGGCGGACGAAGACGCGGGUCGCGAUGGGACGUCGACGACGACGGCGGGCGGGCGGAGACGGCGUCGGGGGAGGGAGAGACGUCGGGGCGAACGUCGAGGGAGCGUGGGGGGGAGGGGGGAGACGAAGGGCGGCCGGUGCAGUUGAAGACGCAGAUUGAGAUGAUGCGCGCGCUGAGCUCGCAGACGCGGGACGAGGCGAGACGGGCCAUCGAGGAGGCGAAGGAGCGCGCGCGGGCGCUCGGUGCGGCGACGGCGACGGCGACGGUGGUGGCGACCGCGGACGAUGCGCGACGAACGAACGGUGAGCCGGAGACCUCGCUCGGGAGCUCGCGCGAUGACGAAGGGUUCGCCGUGGCGCGCGCGAGAGCGGUGGACGUGACCAAGGACGUUCCGGGCGCGCCGAGAAACCUCCGUGAGCGCGAGACGGAGGACGCACAAAAGGCGACGGGGGCGUCCUGGGGGGUCGAGUUGUACGACAUGGACAUCAAGUACGAGGGAUUGGUGAUCGGUCCGGGCGGGGCGACGAUUCGCAAGCUUCAGCAAGACAUCGGCACCACGAUUGAAGUCGUGCGAGGCGAGGGAAAGCUUCAAAUAAAAGGCUCGAGAGAGAAGAUUGCGCACGCUCGAGAGAAGCUGGAUGAGUUCUUCAGGCUCAAGGGAUCGAAGACGCUCACGGUGGACUGUAAGGCUCGAUCGGGUUUGCUCAUAGGAAACGCCGGGCAAACCAUCAAGGCGCUCAAGGAGCAAACCGGGUGCCGCAUCGAGGUCAUGCGAGACGUCGAGAAGUGCGUCAUCACCGGUCCGGGCGAUCGCGUCGAGUUCGCAAAGUCGUUGAUCGAAAAGAUGAUCGCCGACUCGUGGGAGGCUGGCGCGGACGGUGACGUGAACAUCAUCGAAGAAGUGGUUCCGUGCGCGUACAAGUCGGGCGCCAUCAUCGGUCCGGGCGGGAACACGAUUCGUAACAUUCGCGAGAGCACGGGCGUGGCGAUCGACAUCGAGCGCGGCGCCGACGGGUGCAAGGCUGGCGAUCGAUGUCGCAUCGUCGGUACCGCGACACAGGUGAAAAAAGCCGUCGAGAUCGUCCGUCAGCUCCUUCGCGAGAUGGACCAACAGCAGCUCGCGGCGGCGACGCCCGCGACGCCGCCCAUGUUCGCCGCGUACGCCCAGCACGCCCAAUAUCUCGAUCCAACGCACGCGUACUACGCCCAGUACUACGCCGCCAUGAUGCACGCGCAACACGCCGCCGCGAGCGGGCAUCUACCACCGCACUCGGGUGACCCGCCGCCGCCGCCGCCGUGA